UUUAAUUUUAAUUGUCAGAUUGUGGACGAACUUCAUCGGGUCAUGGAAGUCAUGGAUGAAUUACAUACUAACGGCCAAAUCAACAAAGUUGAUGGCAAUGUAGAUAAUGGAGAUGCAUCGUUGCAGGUUGAUGACACUUUUAUCUCUCCGUACAAUUCACCCAGUCGAGAAAACUUCCAAUAUAAUGCAACUGCUGCACAUGACUUCAUUACAAAUUCAUCAGAAGGAAUAGUCGAUGAAUAUUUCAAUCAAAUGCAAAUGAAAUCUGUUGAAAAUAGUGGAAAAAAUAUCACCAAUUUUGAAAGUGAUAUUUUGAAAGAGCUUCAAGAUGUAGCACAAUCUGAUAACCUUAUCCAAUGUGAUGGAAAUUCAACAGAAUGUAAAAACAAAGAAUCUGUUAUUGAAAAUGGAUUUGAUGGUCCAAUUCAGGCUUUCCCGGAUUCAAAUUCGAUAGGAGAAAAAAGCCAGGAUUUUGAUAAGAAAAAUGAUACUGCAACUGGAGAUAUGAAUUUGGAACAGACUAAUCAUGUUGAUUCUGAUUCCCACACACCAUCGGACACAAAUAAUGCUGAAGCCAGUCCAACUGAAACUGAAAAAGAGAAAAUCAUUGCUGAUAUGUUGGCAUCGACUCAGGAAAGUACACCAAAUAAGGAAUUAUCGCACAAUGAGAUGGUGUCCAUAUCCAAGAAGAUGGAAGAAGAAUUUCGAUCAAUGGUUAUAGAAGAACAACAAAAAAAGAAAUUAUUAAUAGAAGGGGCUUCUUAUUCAUCAAAAACUGAAUAUUCAAAUAAUCAUAUUGCAACUGGAAAGAUUUCAUCAGAAGCAAAAACAAAGCAAUCAUCAAGCACAGACGAAGCUGUACCGAAGCAAAACAAACCAACACCGAGAAGUUCUUUGCCUAGAAGGAUUCCAACUCCACAAUCAAAAUCAUCAACUCCAGGUCGACCUGGUUCUGCCAAAGCUGCCACCACCACUACUGCCGUCACAAAUAAACGACACAAUACUACUCAGUCCAACAGAUUGAAUACUGCAUCGCCUGUGAAGCAAAACAACACUGCCAGAAGCACUCCAACUACAACCAGAAUUACCCCAAAGGGUACAAGCACCACACCAAAGCCUUCUUCGGCAGGGGAGAAGCGUGCCCCGCUUCAGCCAACUACCUUGCGUACUAACACUCCAACACGUAAACCAACACAAUCUAAAAAUCAUCCUUCACUCAGCACUACUCCAUUGAAGCCAGCACUAAGAUCUCCAAGAUCUGCACCUGUUAGAAGCCCAGCAUCUAUUACACCCAGAACACCUAGGACUCCUAGCUCACAGUCAUCAGACGGUGGCAGACCUCGUCCAAGAAUGCCCGACACAAAGAAUGUAAAAAGUAAGAUCGGUUCAAUGGAAAAUACUAAACACACUCCUGGUGGGGGAAAGGUGAAAAUUGAACAUAAGAAAGUUGAUUACAGUAAAGUAACAUCCAAAGUUGGUUCCAAAUCCAAUAUACAUCACACACCAACUGGAGGAAAGAUCAAAAUUGAGAAUAAGAAGUUGGAUUACAAGAAUGUUGGAUCCAAAUGUGGAUCAUUGUCGAAUACAUCACACACUCCUGGUGGAGGAAAGGUAAAAAUUGAAAACAAGAAACUGGAUUUCAGCAAUGUUGGAUCAAAAUGUGGAUCCUUGUCUAACACAACUCAUACACCUGGUGGAGGAAAGGUGAAAAUUGAGCACAAGAAAUUGGACUUGAGCCAUGUCAGUUCCAAAUGUGGUACCUUCAACAACUUAACUCAUACUCCUGGAGGUGGAAAGGUCAAAGUUGAAAGCAAGAAAUUAGACUUCAGUAAUGUCACAUCUAAAUGUGGAUCAAAAGACAACAUGAAACAUACAGCACAAGGUGGAAAUGUAAGUUGUGUCAGAUUUAUAGCAUUAGCAUGAUUUGUGUUUGGGUGUGCGUGACCAUUGUUGGUGUGACUGUAAAGAGUGUAUGGUGUUUAAUAAUGAUUUGUAAUGUGACUGUAGUCAUUUAUCGUAUUUAUUAUUUCUGUAAAUUUAUAAUAAUUAUAUUGUUUACAAUUUAUACUAUCAAUUUUUGUUGACUUAGUAAUGGUACUAUUAUUUCUGAAGUUCUCAAACUAAACAUUUUGGUAAGUGACCUAAUUUCUUAAUCAGUAAAAGUGCUGGAUUAGUGUCACUGGAGAAGAUA